AGACUUAGUCUGGUCACACCGCUGGCCAUAUGUUCAUUUGCGAGAGAGCGAGCGAGACGCGCGUUGUGUCGGUAAAAAUAGUGUUCUUUCGCCAAGAAAAAAUAAUUCCGCUGAAACGUAUUACAACAAUAUGUGUGUGCUUCGGUGAUGUUUGGAUAUAAAGUAACAAUUACUAAAUACGGCAUGGAAUAGUUGUAAAGUGAUAAGUGCAUAACAACACUCAUGCAUAACUUGACGUUCUAACAACAACACUUAGAACGAACGACGAGCGAAAGGGAGUGAAUAAAGAAAAAAGUACAAAAACAAUUAAAAGAUGAGUAUAUCGCGUGGUGGCAGCACGGCGCUGGAUUUAGCGCCGCUGCUCGAUGCCAGCAACAACAGCGAUAACAGCGACACUGAGGCAAAAUCAAAUGGAGCCCUGUUGAAUGCUUCUUCUAGUCACAGUCAUAGGGACAAGGAGCGCGAGCGAGACAGAGAACGCGAGGAAGCCGAUUCAGCGGUAUUUGUAAAGAAGGUUGGCAGCGCCGUUUUCUAUGGCAUCUCGUCAUUCAUGAUUACAGUGGUCAACAAAACCGUGCUGACCUCAUACGCCUUCCCCUCGUUCCUGUUCCUUAGCCUGGGCCAAUUAACCGCCAGCAUUGUGGUGCUGGGCGCCGGCAAACGUCUGAAGCUGGUCAACUAUCCGCCGCUACAGCGUAAUACGUUCGCCAAGAUCUUUCCGCUGCCCUUGAUCUUCGGUUUCAACAUGAUCUUUGGCCUGGGUGGCACCAAAGCGCUUAGUCUGCCAAUGUUUGCGGCACUGCGUCGUUUCUCCAUCUUGAUGACAAUGCUGCUGGAGCUAAAGAUACUCGGUGUACGCCCCACAACAGCUGUUCAGAUUAGUGUUUAUGCCAUGAUUGGUGGCGCAUUGAUAGCUGCCUCGGAUGAUCUGUCCUUCAUGCAAGGCUACACGUAUGUGAUGAUAACCAAUGCGCUGACCGCCUCCAAUGGCGUGUACGUGAAGAAGAAACUGGAUACCUCGGAGAUUGGCAAAUACGGUUUAAUGUUCUACAAUUCAUUGUUCAUGUUCUUGCCGGCGUUGCUGAUUAACUAUUUCACGGGAGAUCUGCAGAAAGCGUUGGAUUUUCCCAGCUGGAAUGAUCCCGCAUUUGUGCUGCAAUUCCUGCUCAGCUGUGUCAUGGGCUUCAUACUCUCCUACAGCACCAUUGUGUGCACGCAAUUCAAUUCGGCGCUGACCACAACGAUUGUGGGUUGCCUCAAGAACAUUUGCGUCACAUAUCUGGGGAUGUUUAUUGGAGGCGAUUAUGUGUUCUCGUGGCUCAACUGCAUUGGCAUCAACAUCAGCGUAAUGGCCAGUUUGCUGUACACAUACGUGACCUUCCGGCGGAAGCAAGCACCGGACAAGCAAUCCCAUCUGCCCAGUUCUCGCGGAGAGAGUGUCUAGUAAAGAGAGAUAUAUAUGAAGAAAAGAGGAAGAAAGAGAGAGAGAGAGAGAGAGCAAUUCUGCCAAAGCCAUAAACGUUUGUUUCUACCAAUAGAGAGGAGAAUUGAGAGAUCAGAGUUCAGAUCUGUGUAACUAGCAUUAUAAUUGCAAUUGUACAUAUGUAGUUAUGUAUUUAAACAUAUUUCAUUAGCUCUUAUGUAAUUUAAAUAUCUUUGUAAAUUUACUACUCUAUGCUGAGCCACAAAAACCAUUAUUAUAAUUAUAAUAAUAGUAAUUUAAAAGUGUCAUAAGUUAAGAGAAUGAAACGCAGACGUAAUCACCUCCAACAUAACAAUAGAUAAACGAUAAUUGAAUCUAAAUAUAUUUGUAAAAUGUAGCACACCAAUUUGUUGAUGUAGCCCACAGCACAACUUGAUAAGAUUGCCAUGCGACACAGAGAAAGAGAGCAGACGAUGAUAAGAUAUGGAAGCUACUGAAAUACCCUUUUUCAUUUCGCACAUUUCUCUAUGUACAUAUGUAAGUGCUUAAGUCGUGAAAAUAAUACCACGUUUUAUUGUUAAUCAUGUUAAAUCCCCUUAAAUUGACCACAAGAAUUAAUUUGUUUACUUUUCAAUAAUCGAUAUUUAUAAAUAAUUGUGCAAUAGCUGAACGUGUUAAUUUAAGUAAAAGAUUCUUUUUCCCAUAUAUAUUUUUAUCCCAUUUAACGCGAGUUUAAAUCUUUACAAAAUUAAGUUCAAAUUAAAAAUAGAAUUGAGAAUUUGUUUUCAGUUCUAUAAAUCAUUUUUCUUUUCUUUUUCUGAUUGAACUUGUUUCUGAUAAUUGUUGCCUUGUAAUCUUAAAUUUGAACAUAAUGUUUAAUUGAGCAAAAGUUGAAGUUAGUUUCUUAAUUGACGUUAAAGUUUUUAGUUCCUACAUAAGAUUUGAUUAGUUUUUCUUUAUAAUCUCAGUCAGCUAUAAAGCCAAGAGUGCGUUCAAAUGCAAAUUUCCAGUUUCAAGUUAUGAUACUAUUGUUAGAUGAAACGGAAGUCUAUUUCCUUAUAAUUGCGUUGAUAAACCCGAAUCUAAGACCUCUAUAAAAUGGUUUCAGCUUCAACUAUUACACUCUUAUCUUGGAGCACUGCAAUGCUUAUCUCGUCUAAAUAUGAUUAAACUACAUAUGUUCGUGUAUAUAUUAUAAUUAUAUAUUCAAAACUAAUCUUAUAUAUAGUACUCUUAUGUAUAUUCAUGUGUCAACUGUGCAAAUUACUCAUCGGAAAAAAAACAAGAAAAAAGCAACGAAAAUAAUAAAAAAUUGAAAUAACUAAA